AUGAGCCGAACCGCCUCACGACUGCUGCUAUUCCGGCGUCACUGCCCCGGCACCGGACAGCAUUGGUUACCCGUCAAGUCCCCGUUGCUGACGAACACAACCAGGACGGCGGCAUAUCUGGAGACGACCGUCAGUACCAUUGAAACCCGUUCGGGUGCCCCGUCUUACGCUGCCGUCGCCGCAAAAAUCUCCGCCCGCUUCGCGCUCGUCAUCAUGCCUACGCUCAACGCAAACACGAUGGUGAACGUGCAUAUCAUUCCGAGCUUCGCGCCCCAGGACGUGACAUAG